ACGUUUCAUAAGAGCUCCCAGCGACUCCAGGGGCACAGCUGCACCAUAAAACCCCUCCACCCGCCCUCCAAUUGACGCCUCCACUUCGACCAGUCAUCAUGGCUUCCAUUCAGAGAUUCGUCAUCUCCUUUCCUACUGAUCCUUUCGGUCACUUUCGUGUUCUUUGCACAGACCUCCUGGAGGCGACAAAGGGACCCAAGAUUACCCACAAGAGUCUACUUCGACAUGUACCCACGGCGAUGAAGAGCUCGGACGCAUUGUCAUUGGCCUCUACGGCAAUGACAGUCCCCAAGACUGCCGAAAACUUCCGCGCUCUAGCAACUGGAGAGAAAGGCUUCGGCUACGAAGGCUCCACUUUCCACCGCGUCAUCAAUCAGUUCAUGAUUCAAGGAGGUGACUUUACUCGUGGUGACGGCACUGGCGGCAAGUCGAUCUACGGCGCGAAGUUCCCCGACGAGAACUUCAAGCUCAAGCACACUCGCAAGGGUCUCCUCAGCAUGGCCAACUCGGGCAAAGACACCAAUGGAUCCCAGUUUUUCAUCACUACAGUCGUGACAAGCUGGCUUGAUGGCCGCCACGUUGUCUUUGGCGAAGUUAUUGAGGGCUACGAUGUCGUUGACAAGAUCGAGAACGUGCCCAAGGGCUCGGGCGACAAACCGGUCAAGACGGUCAAAAUUGCCAAGAGCGGGGAGCUCGAGGUGCCUGAGGAAGGUAUACACGCCGAACUCUAAGCCAGUGCGGAAUCACGCUGGCUUGCAAGGUUGGAGAGCUGCUGAUAGUUUCUUUCUCUCAAGAUACAUAUGGUGUUGCGGAGCCUGUUAGUGCAGAUGAGAAUCUCGACAUCACUGCACCCAAGCCAAAAGCGAGCAGCGUCGUGGACGUUGCUUCGCCCCCUGCCGCUAAAGGGGACAAGUCUAAGACCCAGGUUCCUAUAUCAACCUCAGCUGUGGAGGGACUAUCGACUGCGCAGAAACUCUUCUUCGUUGGAGCAAUCGUUGGAGUAUGUGCGAUAUUCUUGCGAUCGCGCG